CUUAAGAAAAUUGCAGCGUUUCCCUUAACCCCAAAUCCUAAUAUUUGGUCUCUGUCCCUCCCUCUCUCUUCUCCCUCUCCUUUUCACUAUCAGAUUAAAAAAAAAUGGUCCCUCCAUUUUUCUCCGGUUUUUGAAGAAGAAAUCCCCAUCCUUUUUUUAUUUUCUUAUAUUCCCACGUUUUGAUUAUACAAACUCCUUUGGUGACAACAUUAAAACUCCAUAUUUCUCACUGAAAAAAUAUUGCGGGGAAAAAAAGGUUCCAUGAAGAAAUCUAAGAUAUCAGGUGACAUAGCAGUGAUGGGAGUUUCUCAUCAGUCGACAAUGGGGUCCCGUACCAGAGCUGCCAAGACUCUAGCUUUGCAAAGACUUUCGAAAACAACAACACCUUCUGGUUCGCCGGCAGCCGGUGUCGGUUUAAACUCGGACGUGUCUUCGUUUUCUUAUCUUCAGCUGAGGAGUCGUAGGCUUGAGAAGUUAGUUUACCCUGUUUCGAACAAAACGAAACAGAGACAAGAGGGGAAGGAAAGUGGUUUCCGAGAAGGGGACAAGAAGAGUGAAGGGUGUUUUGGGAACAUGGAGAUUGUUGUCGGGGUGGGGAUUUGCUGUGGAACAACAGAGGAGGCUUGUUUUGGCGGAGAACUCAGAGACAGGAGCACUAGAGAAAGCUCGUCAUGUGGUUUGAUAAAGGACUUCGAGACCAUUGUAGCUCCAAGUUUGACUCACCAGAGAGGGCAAGGGAACGACGCGCAGAGAUCCAUCCCGGCAGCGCAAGAACUGGAGGAUUUUUUGCCUGUGCAGAACAACAACAGCAGCGGCAAUUCAUCAAGAAGUAUAACUUUGAUGUUGUGAAUGAUUUGCCUCUUCCGGGACGUUAUGAGUGGAUGAAAAUGAUCCCAUAAGCCAAGACCACCAUUGAUGCCGAGUUGAUGUAAAGAUUGAUUGAGCCUUGACAAAGAUGUGUAAUUUAAAGAUCUGUAACAUAACAGAGCUGAUGAAUUACACUAACCCCAAAUCACAAACCUCAAAUCAA